AUGCUUGAAAACAACGCCGAAACGCCGUCCCCGUUCAUCACGGCUAAGCAGCUAAAUUCGUUCCUUCACAAGCCCGUGAUCGUUGCGGGCAAGGUGUCUGCCGUUAGCGAGUCCACCAUGACCCUCGAUGGAGGCGACGCUGGGAAAGUCAACGUCGUUCGCUCCAGGCCGUCCAAGAUCAUGAUUGAGUCCGGCAUGAACGUCAUGGUCCGCGGGUUUGUCAACCAGGACUUGACCGUCGCGGAGAGCAAGACGUUUCCCGCCACUGACUUGGGUGAGGGCUUCGGUGAGUUGCAAACCCGUCUGCUUUGCUCCAGAAUUACCGUGCCACCAUCUGAUGUUGCCAGUCGUCUGACUUCUGUCCAUUUGAAAUUGCUCAUCCUCUGCGCCUUGUUUCAUCUACAAACAGACAUGAAACUCUACAAUGACGCUGCUGCAAUCACGUCUCACCUGAACUACGUGCACAUGUUCUCUACUUGA